AUGCGUUGUAUUCGACUAUUGGGGAACUUCUCCCGGUCUCCAUUGAAUUAUGAAACGUUGACUUCUCGAAUGUCCAAACACACGAGCAAUUCCCCCGCCGACUUGAUCGACUGCAUUCGAGCAUGCAGAUCUCUUCAACUGGUCCAUCGGAGUGAAUUGUCGCUACAAAACUCAAGCUGCGGUUUCUUGAACUUGAAGUUGGUGCAAUCCCGUCGGAGUAUAGAAGAUAAAUUAUACCACUUUCUAAAUGAAAACUUUCAAGAGGGUUUGCUGAAGUCCGACCAGAACGUGGUUUCCUCAUAUCUUCUAACAGAUCCUAAACCGCAAGACGUCUCUCAGAUAUACCAUUUGUGUGUUAGUGCCUUCUCUAACAACCUAAAGAACACAGCCGCCCAAGGUCUUAUACUUAGAUGCGGCCUUUCACGGUUGCUUCAGCUUGAGGACUACGAGAAUGCCAUUAAACUUGUGGAUGACACGAUUGGAUCACCAGAAUACAUUACAAAUCGACAGAUCAAACUCAAACGAACACUAGCAUUAUGGCUCGGGACUUGGCCAAUUGCAUGUGGUAUUCUUUCUGCCAUGGCAUUGGAUGGCUACAUGCUAUUGACGUCUAUGGCCAUGUAUUCUACAAUGGCAUCCGCAACAGGCUGGGCCUUUGCUAGAACGAAUACCUUUGAUGGAUUGUCAAGAGUAACUUGGAGACCCUACGUCAAUAUGUGGCACAAAUGGAUCCACCAACCACAAUUGGUGUAUUUCAAUCGCAUAGUGGUUCACUUCGAAGAACUUCAUGAAAUCAACAUAAGAAACUUCCACAACCUGAAAAUCAGACAGCAUUUCAGCAACAUGCUGCUCAUCAAACUCGAUGAAGAUGUUAUUUUAGAACUUCCAGAGGAUUCUAAGGACGUCUUGGAUAGUACUCUGCUUCUUUUGCGAAACCAGCUACAAAAAAGGAAAAUGGUACUUAAAGACCCUGAAGAAGAACUCAUGGCGCUUGAGUAUUGGCUCACUCACGGCGAAAAGUUUACAUGGGAUGAACCAGAACAAGAUCCAGCCGAGAUUAUCGCCCUAAACUUUAAGAAACUACAUUAA